AGCAGCUUGACUUUAACUCCGAACAUCAGCUCAUGCCUAGUCCCAUCUGUUUUCUGUUUAGAUAAGUAAGAAAGAGAGAGCUUGAGACAAGAAACAGAUUGAAGAAGAGAAAGAAGGAUAAGAGAGGGAGGGAAAGAGAGAGAGAGAGAGAAAAUGUGACAGUGAGAAAGAAAAACUGUAUCUGUUAAAGGGUGGAAUGUGUUUUGGUAAGUGAGCUCCAGAAGUACACACACACACACACACACACACAGCUCCGUUAGACUCAGACUCAGUGUGAGGAGCUCUGUAAGCUCAGUUUUGGUGAUUGUAUUGGGGCAGCGCUAUGGUUUUAAGCACUUUGUGAAUGGAUGCUUGGAUGCUGGUGUUUAUGUGCCUCCUGAUGCCAAGCUCUGGGGUUUUUGUGUUCUUCCAUCAUUACUGUACUUCUCUCUCUCUCUCUCUCUCUCUCUCUCUCUCUCUGUCUUUCAGCACUACCACAUUACCUCAUAAAUAUCUUUGCCAGUCCUCCAUGUGCAAUUCACACAGGGUGCAACAUUUGUCUUGGAAAUUGUGACUGUUUAUCAGUAAGGAGUUUUGACCCAGUAUUUGACUAUAGCACUUCUGGGGAAUGCCAACAAGAGCAAAUAGGUCUCACAUGCACACACACACACACACACACACGUUAGUGUAGUUGAAAUUGAAUGACCCGAUGGAGUGUGAGCAGUGAGACAGAAAUAAUUUUAAACUCAUGAAAACACGCAGCACGAUUAAACACUUGACCACGCUGACCAGAUCUUGGCACUAAACCCCAUACAAGCAGAAAAUUCCAAUUUUUACUCUUUCCAAAAUAAGUGUGCCAAAAUGCCGUUCAGGAAACAAUCACUUCCUCACCAGUCUCUCUUUUGUCUCUCUCUUAAAGUUAAGAAGACAAAGAAGUUACUCAUUACUGCGAAAACCAUAAAACUUAAACUCCUGUUGAUGUUCCUGUGGUGGAAAACUUGAUGACUUUUACAGAGCACUGACACUGGAGACUCCUUCCAUAAACGUUAAAUAAACGUUCGCUCAUAGGAAACUUCACCGUAUCAAUAAAACCUUCCUGUACAUAAAGAAGAAGAGUUUAGGAAAACACCAGUAGCUUGUAUCAGGUUUAGAAAAACACCAGUAGCUUGUAUCAGGUUUAGAAAAACACCAGUAGCUUGACCUUAACACAGAACAUCACAUCACACCUAGUCCCAUCUGUUCUCUGUUUGGAUAAACAUGAGAGAGAGAGAGAUAGAGAGAGAGAGAGAGGGAAGGGAGGCAAUAUAUUUUAAGAGUUGCAGUGUGGUUUGGUCGGAGAGCGUUGUCAUUCAGGUCUGUUAGUCAUUUUUAGCUCGGUUAGACUCAGACGCAGUGUAAAUUGCCCCGUAAGCUCUGUUUUAGUGAUCGUGGCAGCACUAUGGUUUCCAGCACUUUGUGGAUCUUGGCUCGGAUUCUGGCGUUUGUGUGCCUCCUGAUGCCAGGCUCUGGGUUCCUGCUGCUGCGUGAAGGGGAAAAAUGUGGAGGCUUCAUCGAGGGCAUGUGUGAGUCCGACUUCCUCUGUCUGUCUGAUGAACCCAAGGACGAGAACAUCUAUGUAGAAGGAGUGUGCACCAGGGUUCCAGCUUGUAACUGCUCCGAGUUCCAGUGUCCGCCACGGCGCCGCGGUGACUGUCGCAGCGGUGUAGCGACCGAUCCGUGUGGGUGUUGCGUCCACUGCGCCAAGCAGAAGGGGCAGGUGUGCGGUGGCCCGAGUUGGAGAUGGGGUUACUGCGAUCAAGGAUUGAUUUGCUCCCUUGUAGUGGGAAUGGAUUCUGCCAGAGCUCCACAGAUAGGCGUGUGCAAAGAGGUACCAGAUCACCUCAUUGAAAAUUUCACAGCUAUCCUGUGUCCAAUUCGUACAGGUUGCAACAUUCAUGUUGGAAAUUGUGACUGUUAUUCGGAACAGUCCUGUCAUUCGUUGUUCCGUUACAGCACCUUUGAGCAAUGCCGGCAAGAUCAAAUAGAUGAAGAAAUACACUACAUCACCGGAGAGCUUCCCAAAAGAGACAGACCUGCAUAUGUGUGUAUGGAGUGGGGUUGUGAGGUUCAGGGCUGCCAGUGUGUGUGUCAGGAGAGAAAGUGCGACUACAGGACAACCCCACUUUCCGAGGCCGCCUGCUGCAACAUGCUGAAGGAAUCUGGGUGCCGUAAUGCGUCCUGUCCUGAGAUUCCCCCUCCACCGUGUCCGGAAGACUCCUUCAUUAGUGAGCCUCACACUGAUCCCGGUCAGUGCUGCCCUGUUGUGCCUGCUAUGUGCACCUGCAACUUCCAGACCUGCGCUCCAAAACCCACAUACUGCCCCAACCGUGGACUUCCCAAACUUGUCGUAAAGGGCAACGGACACCCAGGGACCUGCUGCGACCUUUACGAGUGUGUGAAAGAAGGAGAUUAAUUAGCAUCUGCAAUAUAACACACACAUUUAUCUUAUUGUCCUUGUAAGGAAUAACCCUAACCUUAACCUCAGUAACCCAAAGGAAACAUUUUGGUUCUUUUAGUUAGUCAGUUAGUUAUUCAGUUAGUUAGUUAGUUAGUUAGUUAGAUAGUUACUUAGUUAGUUUUUUGGUUUUGUUUUUUUUUUUCAUUUAAAAAAAAGUGUUCCUCAUGGGGACCGAUCAAAUGACUUGCUGUUUUAUGCAAUGCUCAGAAUGUUUGCUGUGCAAAAAUCUGGAUUAUAGUCAACAAAAUAAACUUUUUUUUUUUUUUUUUGUAAAAAUCAUCUCUCUCAUUUUUAUGAAGUGUUAACUUGAACAGUUUGAGAUUAAAAAGAAAACCAGAGUAUUCCAGGUCCGAACUGAUUUCAUUGGGUGCUUUUUUUUUGGUAAUGAAGGAAAAUCAGAACAAACAGCUGCACGUAUCAACACACAAUUCUUAUUAAGAUAAGUCUUAAAGCAGCUAUAAAGCUCAAACAUUAGAAAAACCAAACACAAAGACUCAAAAAGUACCUCACUGGACUGCUUUAGGACACUGCUACCACUUCUCAUGAACUUAAAGAUUGAAACAUCUUAACAUCUCAUCUAAUCAUGUAACAGUAACAGCAAACCAACAAAAGAACCUGAAAAACAAGCAACUGUUUAUUGAUGUAGUCACACAAUUAACCAUUUAAUUAAUUGCGAAACUUUCAGGGGUUUUGGACUAAAAGAUUCAGGCCAUAUGCAACACAAGCCAGUGGUUUCAUGUCAUAAAUAAAUGCACUAUGCUGGCAGCAGUGGAGCAGCAAAGAAAUGAGGUGUGGUAUUCAAAAUCCGUCAGUGCAGCAACUUUGUCACUAGAUUCAGCACUUUUUUAGACUAUUUUAGCAUCUUUAUUUAAAAAAAAAAGAGCCUCACAACAAAUCUAGUGACUUUUUGACCCACUGUCCUGCACUUUCUAUGGACCUCUAGCUCACAUCACAGCUGCUGUACGACCAAUCACUGAUCACUACUGUUCCCAAUGACCAAUCACUGAUCACUACUGUUCCCAAUGACCAAUCACUGAUCACUACUUUUCCCAAUGACCAAUCACUGAUCACUACUGUUCCCAAUGACCAAUCACUGAUCACCAUUGUUUGUUUAAUUUCUUUGUUCUUCAUUUUAAACUCCUUUCUUGUCAUUAUUUACAGUAAUAAAAGCAAGUUCUUCAUAGAAUUUGUAGAAUUUUAUAAGUACAUAAAUAGUUUGUGGUGCUGUGACUGAAGAUGACUUCUUUUUAUAAUAAAUAAGUUAUAACUCAUAUAACACAAUAGUUAAUUCCAGUCCACUGAUUCGAUUGGAUGAACCGCAUUCCAAGAAUGCUGACGUUUCCUAUAACCACACUGCGACGUUUCACUGUGUCACUCCGCUCAUCUGCGUUCGCCACAUAAAUUCCACUUCGAGCGAUAGUUGUAAACGGUUACUACCGUAGUGUUAGUGAUGUCAUCAGUGGACAUACAAAUCAUACGAUUUACAUGAAUAUACCUUUUGACUUCGUCAGAAGAAGUUGUAAAGGAAGAAGGGACGCCUGUUUCACCAGAAGCACCUUUAAUGGGAAGAUACAUAUCAAUGUGAGCUAGCUAGCCAGCUAGCUGACGGGCUAUAAAGUGGGUGUGGCUUCUUCGGGAUCUAUUUCUGCUAGCGGAGCAAAAAUAAACAGAACAUUUGGCCAUAUUGCGUCCAAAAUGUCACUUACUUGAUAUUGAUAUCUUGUUUAUUGAACCGCGUUAUAAAAGUAAUAUCACACUAG